GUAUUUCACAUCAUCGCCAUGGAUACAGUCCCACCUGCAGCGUCAGGUGUCCGCAGCGCCAGCAGUUUCCUGUUUGACAAGGCAUUUGUCGAUGGGCAGUGGGUCGGUGCCAAGUCAGGCUCAGUAUACCAAAUCACCAACCCGUCGACAGGCAAGGUGAUUGGUUCCGUCCCUGACAUGAACGGAGACGACACCCAGCAGGCCAUAGAGAAGGCUAAUCUGGCAUUCCUCAAGUGGAGGGACACCACAGCAAAGGAACGGAGCUUGAUUCUCAGGAAGUGGUUUGAUCUAACCAUCCAAAACAAGCUGGAGUUAGCUAAACUACUGACAGCUGAAAAUGGCAAACCCUUGCAACAGGCCUUGGCUGAGAUAUCUACUGCUAGUGGGUUUAUCGAGUGGUAUGCGGAGGAAGCCAAGCGUGUCUACGGUGAUGUCAUUCCGUCAACAGCUGCCAGCAAGAAGAUGCUGGUCUUGAAACAGCCUAUUGGAGUGGCUGGUAUGAUUACUCCCUGGAACUAUCCCAGUGCUAUGAUCACAAGGAAGGCCUGUGCGGCCAUUGCUGCCGGUUGCACCGUCGUCUUGAAACCAGCAGAAGACACGCCGUUCUCAGCUCUGGCCAUGUGUCAGCUGGCCAAGGAGGCAGGCCUCCCGGACGGAGUCUUGAAUGUGGUGACCAGUUCCCGUGACAACGCCCCUGCAGUGGGCAACGUGCUGUGCACCAGCCCCGUCAUCAAGAAGAUCGCCUUCACAGGGUCCACAGUCACAGGGAAGAUUCUCCUCCAGCAGUCGGCUUCUACGGUGAAGAAGGUCUCACUAGAGCUGGGCGGAAAUGCACCGUUCAUUGUGUUCGACAGUGCCGACAUUGAGGCAGCUGUCCAAGGGACCAUGGUCAGCAAGUUUCGAGGUAGUGGGCAGAUGUGUGUGUCUGCCAACAGGAUAUUGGUUCAGGAAGGAGUCUAUGACCGGUAUGUUGCACGUCUCGGGGAGGUCAUGAACCAAGAACUGAAGGUCAGGGACGGCUUUGACGACAGCACCACACAAGGACCUCUCAUCAACAGCAAGGCUGUGGACAAGGUAGAAAGCAUCGUGGAAGAUGCCAAGAGACUUGGUGCGAGGCUGGGAUGUGGGGGCAAGAGAUCGGACAAGGGAGUGAACUUCUUUGAACCGACACUGCUCUCCAAUGUCACGCUGGAAAUGAGGUGUGCUGAAGAGGAAAUAUUUGGACCCGUUGCUGCAGUUAUCAAGUUCAAGACAGAGGAGGAGGCAGUUGCCAUAGCAAACUCCACCAGUUACGGCCUGGCAGGCUAUUUCUACUCACAAAACCUGAGCCAGAUCUGGCGAGUAGCAGAGAAAUUGGAGGUUGGUCUGUGUGGUGUUAACGAGGGGCUCAUCACCGCCAUAGAGGCACCUUUCGGCGGAGUGAAGGAGUCGGGUCUCGGAAGAGAGGGCGGCAAAUACGGAAUUGAUGAGUUCCUUGAGAUCAAAUAUGUCUGUCUCGGAGGUAUAUGAUUGCCAUGUGCUAAC